AUGGAAAUUAGUAUUGGUCAGAGCUGCCAAAGCUUAAAGAGUGGUACAAACAAAGAACAAAGCACGAAUAAGAGCCCAUUAUCACUCAUCCUGAGCUGCGCUCCCAAUGCUUCACAUUCUCCAGUCUUCUUGCUCCUCGGGUUCUCAAGGUCGAGCAUCCCUGACAGUCUCCUCUUUCUCCUCUUCCUGGCUCUUUUGACCACCAUACUGGGGAAUGUGACCCUCGUGCUGCUCAUCUCCCGUGACUCCAGGCUCCACUCGCCUACGUAUUCUCUGCGUGGUCUCUCCAUGGUAGACUUGGGGCUAUCCACAGUCACCCUGCCCCAGUUGUUGGUUCAUCUGGCCUCUGAUUACCCAGCCAUUCCUGCUGCCCACUGCUUGACUCAGUUCUUUUUCUUCUAUGCAUUUGGAGUCACAGAUACACUUGUCAUUGCUGUCAUGGCUCUAGAUUGCUACAGGGCCAUCUGUGACCCUCUGCACUAUGCUUUGGUGAUGAAUUGCCAACUCUGUGCCUGCUUACUGGCCUUGAGCUGGGUGGUGUCCACCGUGCAUACUAUGUUACACGUGGGUCUCCUCCUGCCCCUGUAUUGGGCUGGGGAUGCUGAGGGGAACGUCAACGUUCCCCACUUCUUUUGUGACCACUGACCACUUCUGCGAGCCUCUUGCUCUGACAUACAUUCCAAUGAGCUGGCCAUAUUCCUAGAGGGUGGCUUCCUAAUGCUGGUCCCCUGCCCCCUGAUUGUACUCUCCUAUGCUUGAAUUGGGGCCACCAUCUUACGUUUGCCUUCAGCAGCUGGUCGCCGCCGAGCAGUCUCCACCUGUGGAUCCCACCUCACCAUGGUUGGCUUCCUCUACGGCACCAUCAUUUGGGUCUACUUCCAGCCUCCCUCCAAGAACUCUCGGGACCAGGAUAUGGUGGCUGCAGUAAUGCACACUUCCAUUACACCUUUGGCCAACCCAUUUGUUUAUAGCCUUUGCAACAAGGAUGUCGAGGGUACACUCUGAAGGUUGUGUAGACAGGGGAGAGUGCACUCCUGA